UCUUUGUUGUUAUAAAGAAUACAUUUUAAGUAUUACAUGAUGAAUAUUGGUGAUGUGAAGAGUAUGUUUACUAUCUUCAGUUAGUAUUGUGAUAUGCUUUGUUUGUCAUCGAAUGGCAACCUCGGCAACUGAAAACAAAAAUAAGGAGGGGCUGAUUAUUUUUAGCGAAUUGUAUUUUUUUCUCAUUUUCUUUUUCUUUCUUUUCUUUCUUUUAUUUCUUUUAUUUCUUUCGAAAACAUGUUGUUUAAAAAGAACAAGAAAAAGAUUCCCGAAGCUGGAGAACCAGGCAUGGUUUAUAGCAUGACUCCUCGUCAUGGUCACUCACACGACGUUUAUGACGAAAACAAUAUUCGUCAAGUAGCAGGUUGUUUACCUAUUGACCCUAUUAACAAACGAUUUUUGUUAGUCACUACUUCGAGCAACCCCAAUGUCUGGGUGAUUCCUAAAGGCGGUUGGGAACAGGACGAGACACAGCAGCAAGCAGCUAUGAGGGAAACUUGGGAAGAAGCUGGUGUCAAGGGAAAGAUCACUCGACACAUUGGUGUAUUUGCAGAAAAGACAAAAGCAGGAGUCAAGGCACAUCAUUGGAUCUAUGAAUUGGAAAUACAGGAAGUUUGUAAAAAGUUUCCCGAGCAAAAGAAGCGAGAAAGACGCUGGCUAUGCUUGUAAUUAAAGCACAUUAUAUUCAUGAUGCUCUUGCCAUGUCG